AUGUCGACGACGACGAGCGCGUCGUCACCCAGUUCGUCGCAAGAAGAGGCCAGCAGCUAUUAUAAUCAUCAUCAUCAUCGAAACUCGAAAGAGUCGACGACGGACUCGUUCAGCGGCAGCGACGACAGCGACGACAGAGAGGAGUCGUCCGUCGCCUCGGAGUCCAGUCCGUGUCACAGUCCCUUUCACAUCGCCGACAUCCUCGGCAGCAGCAACAAGCCCGUGAGAGUCGCCGACGACGCCAAAGACAGCAGUAGCAGCAGCAGCAAGCCAAAACGACGAGUGUACGCGCCGGUGCCGCUGCAGCCCCCUCGUCAUCAUCAUCGUGGCUUGGCCAUGCAGCCACCGCCACCACCGCCGCUGCCACCGGCUUUACCGACGCUGUACUACGAGUCGCCGACGUCGGGGCCGGCGUCGUGCUAUCAGAGCGUCUGCGGCCAGCUGAUGGCCCAGGCGCAGUGCGAGCUGGCCCAGUACGAGAUCGCCCUCAAGCUGAAGGAGGAGGAGGCCGCCAAGUCGGCCAAGAAGUCGCGACCGAAGAAGUACCUGUGCGAGGAGUGCGGCAAGGGAUUUUCCAACGGCGGACAGCUCAAGGGACACUCGAGAAUACACACAGGAGAACGGCCAUUCGUAUGCAAUCAUCCGAACUGCGGCAAGUGCUUCACGCGCAACGAGGAGCUGACCCGGCACCGUAAGAUCCACUCGGGCGAGAAGCCCCACAAGUGCCCGACCUGCCUCAAGUGCUUCGGCCGUAAGGACCAUCUGACCAAGCACUACAAGACGCACAUGCCGCGCUACUGCUUUCCCGCGUCGCUCGCGGAACUCGAUCAAUUGACCCAGCAGCAGCAGCAGCAUCAUCAGGGAUUGAUGGCCGGUCUGCCGGCGGCGGCUUUUCUGUCUAGCCAGUACAUGACGCCGGCCAUGCAUUACCUCUAG